AUGGCAUUAAUGAGAUCCUCUGAAAUUCCUAAAGAUGCAGUCCUUUUAAAUGAAAAUGAAGCUUCAAACUAUAUCUGGGAAAUUGUAUACGACUGGAAAAACUUAUCAGAUGUAUGGGCCUUACGUCAUGGUUCUACAAUUCUAGGAGUAAUAAAUGCAGUGUCUGGUGUAGUUUUAAACAGACAUUAUCGUGUAAAGCUAAAACUUGGCACAUAUGGACACCUAGCUACUGUCAUACCUGUGUCAGUUAUGCCCGCCAUUCUGACCAUGUUAUUUCAUAGACAUCUAAUAUCAACCGAUCUCCUGCUGAUGAAAAAUGAACACUGUCCUAUUUGUUAUGAAGUGAGAUCAGCUGCAAUACAGUUAGCUUUGGGCAUAACAUACCCUAUGUUAUUGGCACCCACAGGAGCUUUGAUGUUGGCUAACAGAUACAAUACCUAUAGAGUACCACACCUACAACAAGGACCCAAAGUGAUGUUUAAAUUUGUUCAAAAACUGACCAAACCUUUGACUGGAACACUUACAACUUUAAGUUUAAUACAAGUAGCAGCUUCAUCAAUUAUUACAUACUUUGAAUUCAAAAACAACAUUGUGUUUAGAAAUAAACUUGUUGAUCUUGAAAGAAAAGUAUUAUCAGAGAGAGGGCAAUAA